AAUUUCCCGUCCCGACUUCAAAUUGUAAUUGACUUUCCAAAAUAUUGUUUUGUUGUUAAAUGGCAAUUUGUUUUUGAUUAUAUUAAUGAUUCUCUUAAAUAGUUAUUAUUUACUGUUUCUCCAAGUCUGCAAUUUGAAUUUUUGAGGAAACAUGCAUGAUACAAUUGCAAACGACGAUAUCACGAAGCUGGACUUAUCAAAAGUCGCAGCUUUACAACAGAAGCGCACGCUUGCGUUCGUCAACCAUUUCGUAAUAACAACCGUACAGUUCCUGAACAACUUCAUGAGAAGAUGUGAAAAUAAACUUAUGAAUUUCGAACAGAAGUUGGAAAAAGUUGAAGCGUCAAUGGUGCUUUUGGAAGCUCGUUUAUCAUCAAUUCCUGAGAUACAGACAAAACAGGUUGAAUUGAAAAUCCAAGAAAACUUAGCCAUAGAACCUACAAAUGCAGCAGAUGCAAAUAAGUCAGAAAUAAAUGUUGUUCCAGUGAAUAAAGAACUAGAAGAGACAAAAGAAGAUAGCAAUAUUGUUAUACCUCCAAAAUAUGAGAGAUUCAUAAAAAUGGUGCAAGUUGGUGUUCCGUUGCAAGUGGUGAAGCUGAACGCUGGGAUUGAGGGCCUAGAUGUAGACCUUUUAGAGAAAUUUAUCAACAAAGGACCUUAGGAAAUAGUGUGAAAAG